GGGCAGCGGCGACCAACGCCUCUUCCUCUCAGUCCGAGACUCCACCGACGAAGAAGAAAAUUACCAUGUUUCCACCGCAGGCGGCCGCGAAGUUGGUCAAAGUAGUCCGCGGGGUCCCUUUCGUGGCUCGAGUUAACGUCACGCAUGCAUUAGCAGGUCGCACACCAGCUGACGCGAGUCCGUAAUAAACCCGCACCCGCUGAGUGGAACCGGCGGGACGUUUGUCGGUGGCCAACCUACGCCUGCGCACUCCACGCUGAAUAUCGAGCCGCCCUUCUUCUCCGCCAACUUGCAACCGCGGGGUCGGGCGGACGUCGAGUCUCAACAGUCCCGAGUUAAUUUGCUCAUAUUAUUGAAUAUUUACCGGCAUUGCAAUGGAGAGCCCGUAUGCCACCGAAAACGACGCCCUUCUGCUGCUGCCGUCCCUCCGCCUCUUCAUUCCUCCGCUGCGCCUGGUGUCGGCAGCCAUGUGGCAGGUGGUGCAGAGGGGCAGCGUGCAGGACUACGGCAUGGUGGAGGAGUUCGUCAGCACGGUGUCAGACAUCGUACCCGAGCUUCUGAACGCGGAUCAGAGGGCUCAACUCCUGCUGGGACUCAGAGCGCGGGUGGUCCUUGAAUUGUGUCGGGCCGAGCAGAUCGGAGACGCGGAGACCAUCGAGAUGCACCUGGAGCGCAUCAAGGCCCUCGUGUCCACUUGGGCGGCGCAGCCGUGUUUUGCAGAGGUCAACAUUCCAGAAUCCAACUUCGUGGAUCAGAUCGAACUGCUGUUGAAAGACGCCGACGAGAAGGAGAAGUUUUUCCAGGAUGUUUUCCCCACGGAUUUCGGUCCUGACUACGACAGCGCCCUGCAGGUGCUAAUGAUGGAUUUUCUCUCCCGACUGGAGAAGCUUCUUCCCGUGCCGGACAUUCAGCAGACGGCGUCCAUGCUCAGUGCGGUCCCGUCCGCCCUGGAGGAGUGUGUGCACUCUGUUCCCGACCCACAGCACCUGAGAACGGUGCUCCUCUACCAGACCACCCUGGGACACCUGGAUCUGUCUGAUGAAACUCCAACCAUCCCUUCCUCUUUUGGGAACUGCAUCCUGUCGUCGCUGUCCCUCCCCCAGCUGGAGAAGGUUGUGAUCGAUGCGGACCACAUGCAGCUGCAUCCCCCGUCGGGGGAGAUGGGAGGCAGCAUGACGGUGCAGGUGGAGGGCGAAACCGUGACGCUGCUGGACUACAUACAGAUCGAGCCGCCGGCAGCUUUGGUCGAGCCCGAGGAAGACGACGAGGACGGAGAAAGCGAGGCGAACGAGGAGGAAGCCAGCGAGGACGUCGGCGACGCGCUGAAGCCGGCGGCCUUCCAGCCGCUGAAGCAAAGCAAGCGGCUGCAGGGGAAGCGAAACGCUCUGAAGGAAAAGGAGUUGGCGGCAGCCAAGAGGCAGAGAAAGAAAUACUCCAACGAGAAAACGUGCCCCGUGUGCAAUAAGAUCUUCCUGCGGGCGGCAGCCAUGCGGCGGCACCAGGAAACCCACUCGGCCAACCGGGAGUUCAAGUACAAGUGCGCCAACUGCGACAAGCGAUUCAGGGACCAAUACGACAUGAACCGGCACAACAUGCGCGUGCACGAGAAGGACGAGCUCGGCUACGGCGCCAAAGAGGAGGACGAGGACGAGGAGGACGAGGACGACGCCGGCACCUCUGAGACGGCGGAGCACAAGAACUGCGGCCUGUGCGGCAAGUACUUUGGCCGGCGGGUGGACAUGGAGCGGCACAUGAGGUCCCACUCGGAGGACCGGCCGUACAACUGCUGCUUCUGCGAGAAGCGAUUCAAGAACCCGUACGUUCUGAAGAGACACCAGCUGGAGAUCUGCAAGAGCCGCGAGCUGAAGAGGCCGAAGAAGAGGGAGACGCAGCGCUCCAACCCGCAGCCCGAGGCGGAGGGCAAAGUCUGCCCCAUCUGCAGCCGCAUCCUCCCGUGCACGGCCGACAUCGCCAAGCACCUGCGCUCUCACACGGAGGAGCGUCCUUUCGUAUGCGUCGGCUGCGAGAAGGGCUUCAAGUACAAGGACACGCUGAAGAAGCACCAGAUCAUCCACGGCCACGAGGGCAUCCGAGAGGAGCAGAGCAAGACGGUGGAGGAGAUUCUGGCCGAGGCCGACGCAGGCCUCCUCGACAAGAAGGACCCCGGCCCGGAGGCGCCUGCGGACGCCGCCGCCGCCGAGUCGUCCCCGGCGGCGCCCGCGCAGCGCGUCGAGAGGAAAGCGCCGAAGGUUUGCCCCGUCUGCUCUCGGACGUUCGACAGCGUCAAGACGCUGAACAGGCACGUGCAGUGUCACACGGAGGACCGGCCCUACCACUGCGUCCACUGCAAGAAGCGCUUCAAACACAUGCACGGCCUGAAGAGGCACCAGAUCUACGCCAUCUGCCACAAGAAGGUCACCCGGUUCUCCUGGAAAAAGGAGCAGAGGGCGGGGCCCAGCCAGGGCGACGGCGACCCCCUGAAGAUCCCCGUGUGGUGCUCCAACUGCGGCAAGCACUUCGAGUACCCGUCGGCCCUGAAGGAGCACCAGGAGAACGUCUGCAAAGUGGAGCCGAGCGACGUCAUGAAAUGCCUCGACUGCGGGAAAGAGUUCAAGAGCGUGACGAUGCUCAAGGUGCACCAGAGGAUCCACGACCCGCUCUACUGCAAAGAGUGCGGCAAGAUCCUCGCCAACGACGCCGCCUUCGAGAGGCACAAGCUCAUGCACCGGCCGAUGCAGUGCACCAUGUGCGACAAGACCUUCACGCUGCUGCGGCGCCUGAGGGAGCACUACGAGAAGCAGCACGAGUUCAGCGGGCCGUACCCCUGCGCGCAGUGCGACAAGACCUUCAUGCAGCUCUCCUACCUCGCCAUCCACCAGCGGAUCCACAAGGGCGAGUUCCCGUACGUGUGCAGCAUGUGCCCCGAGAAGUUCCGCUCGUCCAACUGCCUGACGGUGCACCAGAGGAAGCACACCGGGGAGAAGCCCUUCCUGUGCUGGCAGUGCGGCAAGUGCUACCGCUCGGCCUCGGAGCUCACGGUGCACAUGGGCACCCACUCGGAGGAGCGGCCGUGGGCGUGCGAGCAGUGCGACGCGGCGUACCGCACCAAGCUGCAGCUGACCAACCACGUGGAGCAGGUGCACAUCGGCGUGCGCUACCCGUGCAGCCGCUGCGGCAAGCAGUUCAUGAAGGAGACGUCGCUGAAGCGCCACGAGCUCAUCCACACGGGCGAGAGGCCGCACCAGUGCACGGUGUGCGGGAAGACCUUCCUGACCGCCAACGAGCUGCGGCUGCACAACCGCUACCACACCGGGGAGCGGCCGUACAAGUGCGAGGAGUGCGGCAAGGCCUUCAUCCAGUCGGGGUACCUGAAGUCGCACAUGCGCAUUCACACGGGCGAGAAGCCGUUCAAGUGCGACGUGUGCGACAAGGGCUUCCGCUUGUCGUAUCACAUGAAGAAGCACAAGCGGACGCACGCCGGUAAGCCCAGGAGCUACGCGUGCGAGGAGUGCGGGCUGGACUUCUCGCACAAGAAGUCCCUGUGGGAACACUCGCUCUGUCACGACGUCAAGGUGGAGCCGUCGUUCACCGGCGAAGUCCGGAUAGAAUUCCAGUAGAGAUCCUCGUUUUUUUUUUAUUUCAUUAUAUUGAUGAGAAGUUCUGAGCUGGUUUGUCGUCAACAGAUUAAUUUGCUGUUUGUUUUGGAUGAACUUGGUUCCUGGUUUCCCUCCUUGAGGCUUCACACAUUCUCAAAAGCGUUUCGCUUUGUUUAGAUGAAAGCAAACAAAUUAUUUUGCUAACGUGGCUUUUUCAAAUAAAUGAACCUUGAAUGUA